GGCGGACCCGGCGGCGCCGAGAUGGGCGGGAGAAGAGCCCCGAAGAGCGGAGGCGGAGAUGGCGCUGGGCUUAGCUGGUGCUCCGGGAAAUAGAGAGUUGGGCAGAGUUCCCAUCCUGUGGAGCUUGCAGUUGGAAAAAUCCUCUACACACCAAGAAGGCUGGCAGAGUAGCAGUUGAUCCCCAGUGGGAGCCAGAGGGGGAAGGAAGCAACUAGCAAGCCAUUCUAGAAGUGCUGUGUGGUGUUUGGAGAGCUGGGUACCAGCUGCAGCACAGAUUUCCAGAGGUUUCAGCUGAGUGAGGAGAGGGCUGUGGGCUCAGAACAAGCAGUGCCCAGGAACAUGUCUCUUCUGUGUCUCUCCUGCCCAUGCCCCACAGAUCUAAAUAUAUAUGAUUAAAUAUAAUAAACCACAGUGCCAGUACUUGUACAGGAGAGCAAGAGGACAGAGAAGAGGCCUCACCCAGAUGAACCAGAUGCUCUUCAGUGUCUGAGUCCUGUAACGAUCUUGCAAUAAUACUUGUUAAACUCUGACCCUGAAAGGUGAGGAAGUGAAGGAAAUGGAAGAGUGAAAUUUGGGGAGUCUGGGGCAAAAAAGCCAAAGGAACCACGGGACAGCCUGUCUGGUUGAGAGAUUGAAAUUCCCAUAUGUCCCAAGAUGACGACUUCCCAGGGUACGCUGUGGCCACGGGGAUGAGGCAUCCACCAGAACAUCCCAUGGCAUUCCCAUGACUGCAACAGACUGGAGGAAGCCUUAAGAACCUGAGCACCUGCUUCAUGCUGUCUGGACAGCUCAAAGAACUGCAGAGGGAAGGGAAUAAUCUCCCCCAGACCCUUGACAGCAUCACAUUUCCACCCCGUCACGGUGCCCGGUACGUGCAGUGCUGGCAGGAAGAGCUGGGGAAACUCCUGUUUGCUGGGCCAUGACCUGUGGAGCUGCAUCAUUUUAGGAAAUACCAGGUUUUAUUAAAAAUGCCCAGUGAGAAGCAGGCUGCAGUGAAAUACUACGUUGGAGUUGACGUGGGCUCGGCCAGCGUUCGCGCGGCGCUGGUGGACGGCGCUGGGACGGUGGUGGCACACGCAGAACGACCCAUCCAGGUUUGGGAGCCCCGGCCAGACCACUAUGAGCAAUCCUCUGCAGACAUCUGGGCUGCCUGCUGCUCUGUCACAAAGGAAGUUGUCCGUGGAGUGGACGCCAGCCAGAUCCGAGGGCUUGGGUUUGAUGCUACCUGUUCCCUUGUUGUGGUGGAUAAACAGUUCCAGCCUUUGGCAGUCAACUCUGAAGGACAGAGCCAGAGGAAUGUGAUCAUGUGGAUGGACCAUCGUGCAGCCAGCCAAGUCCAGCGCAUCAAUGCCACCCAGCACAGGGUUCUCAGCUGCGUAGGGGGAGCCAUGUCUGUGGAAAUGCAGCCUCCUAAGUUGCUCUGGAUAAAGGAAAACUUGCCAGAAUCGUGGGAGAAGGUUGGCUACUUCUUUGAUCUUCCAGAUUUCUUAUCUUGGAAAGCCACAGGUGUCACUGCAAGGUCUCUCUGUACAGUAGUGUGCAAGUGGACAUACACAUCAGAUAGAGGUUGGGAUGACAGUUUCUGGAAAAUGAUUGGUUUGGAAGAUUUGGUGAAGGAUAAGUAUGAAAAAAUAGGAAACCACGUCCUGUCUCCUGGAGAGGCUGUUGGGAAAGGUCUGACAGCGGGCGCUGCGGAAGAGCUCGGGCUCCCCGAAGGGAUUGCAGUGGCAGCAUCUCUCAUUGAUGCACAUGCUGGAGGACUAGGAGUAAUUGGAGCAGAUGUGAAAGGACACAACCUUCCAUGUGAGAACCAGCCCAUUACAUCCCGAGUCGCUAUGAUCUGUGGAACAUCUUCGUGCCACAUGGGGGUGAGUGAAACCCCCAUUUUUGUGCCUGGUGUUUGGGGACCAUAUUUCUCUGCCAUGGUACCUGGACUGUGGUUGAAUGAGGGAGGCCAGAGUGCUACAGGAAAACUGAUUGAUCAUGUGGUGCGAGGCCACGUCGCCUUCCCAGAAUUGGAGGCCAAGGCUGAAGCCAGUGCUCACAGUAUAUAUACAUACUUGAACAGUCACCUGGAUCUGAUUAAGAAAUCUUUGCCUGUGGGUUUCCUCACUGUUGAUUUACAUGUUUGGCCAGAUUUCCAUGGUAACAGAUCUCCCUUAACAGAUCUGACACUAAAGGGCAUGGUUGUUGGACUAACAUUGUCUCGGGGUCUGGAUGAACUUGCCCUUAUCUACCUGGCCACGAUCCAAGCCAUUGCUUUAGGAACAAGACACAUUUUGGAGGCGAUGCAGGCUGCAGGACAUGAGAUCACCACGCUGUUCCUGUGUGGUGGGCUGAGCAAGAACCCUCUCUUUGUGCAGAUGCAUGCUGACAUUACUGGCAAACCUGUUGUGCUGCCCAAAGAAGUGGAAUCUGUUUUGGUGGGUGCUGCUAUUCUUGGAGCUUGUGCUUCUGGGGAUUUUGCAUCUAUCCAGGAGGCCAUGGCAAAAAUGGGGAAAAUUGGAAAAGUUGUGCAGCCCAACCACGAGCAUAAAAGAUUUUAUGACAAGAAAUAUGAAGUAUUUUUGAAGCUUGUGGAGCACCAGAGAGAGUAUCGCUCCAUCAUGAACAGCGUGUGAUCCAGAGGCUUGGGAGCUGGGAACAGCAGGCAAAUUUCCAGGCAUGUGUGAUGCGGGUAAUUUCUUCUUAUUGUACCGUCCAUGUUAAAAAUAUU